AUGAAUAAAGCAAUAAACGAAAUAGAAGAACAUAAUAACGAAAUAAGUAAUAAAAAUGAGGCUAAUGAAACAUUACCUCUAAAAAAUUAUUCGGAAGAAAAUAAUGAAAUUGCGUCAACAGCAAAAGAAAAAUUGACGUUUAAAGAAAGACUGAAAUUGGUAAAAGACAACACAACAGUUGAACCAGUGAUGGCGUGCUAUGUAAUGCCAAGUGUAUUAGCUUCCUUAGCAAUGCAAAAUUUAAAUUUAGAGAAAGCUUGUCGUGUCAAUUUGAAUUUCACAGAUGAAAUAUGCGAUGCCUUGCAUUUACGGCAGACUGAAAACUACACUUUCUAUGAAGAUGAAGUCCAGAAGUUAACAGCAAGUCUGCAAGCUUGGAAGAAUGUGAUACAGACAGCUUUGCCUGUGCUAUUGAUCUUAUUCAUCGGUGCAUGGAGCGACAAAACUGGUAAAAGGAAACCAUGCAUGCUUUUGCCUAUAAUAGGCGAGUUUUUAUCUUGUUUAGGAUUUAUGGUCAACACUUACUACUUUUCUGAGUGGCCAGUGGAAGUGGGUGUGUUGACGGAGGCUAUAUUCCCUGCUAUCACUGGCGGAUGGUUUGCCAAUAUCAUAGGUGUUUUCAGCUAUAUAGGUGACAUAACAAAGGAAGAAAAUAGAACAUAUAGAGUAGGGAUUGCGAAUCUUUGCAUGUCGCUUGGUGUUCCUAUUGCUAAUGCGCUAAGUGGUAUAUUGUUAACUAGCGUAGGGUAUUAUGGAGUGUUCUCUAUAUCAGCAUCACUUUAUUUGUUUAGCCUCAUUUACGGAUACUACUAUUUGGAAGAAGUGAAAAAGGAUUUUAAUCAGCAGAAAAUGGAACCAAAAGGAUGUAUGGGACAUGUCACUGCAUUUUUCGACGUGAGAUCAGUCGCCGAAACAUUAAGAGUGGUAUCCAAGAGUGGACCUGGCAACAGACGGCUACGAGUCUGUUUUCUGCUUAUUGUCUUCUGUGUCGUAUGCGGUCCAAUCACGGGUGAAUAUACUGUAAUGUACCUGUUUACGAGGUAUAGAUUCAAAUGGGAUGAAAUGCAAUUCAGUAUUUGGUCGACAUACCGUGUUGUGACUCAUCUGCUAGGUACAAUAUUUUCUAUCAGCCUAUUUAGCAAGUAUAUGAAAUUGGAUGAUGCAAUUCUGGGCAUCAUAUCCAACGUGAGCUUUGUCGUGGCUGGAUUUGCUUAUGCGUUUGCUAGGAACGACUUGGAAAUAUAUUUAGCACCGCUUCUUGCGAUCCUGGACGGAACCUCGUUUAUUGCCAUGCGCUCAAUUGCUACAAAGCUCGUAAGUGGAGAAGAAUUCGGUAAAAUGAACUCUCUCUUCGGGCUCGCAGAAGCCACAAUGCCGCUGGUAUACGGGCCCCUAUAUUCCCGCGUGUACGUGGCCACUCUGAACAUUCUACCUGGCGCUGUAUUUAUACUGGGUGCUAUUCUUACGCUCCCUUCCAUCGCCAUAUUUGGAUGGCUGUACUUUGAACACAAGAAAGACAAGCAAAUGAAAAAUACGACCGACUUAGAGAAUAUUGAUUAACUUAUUUUCUCGUAAAAGUUGAGUGUUUUUAAAAUAAAAACAAUUGCUC